AUGAGGCUCACGAGCGUUCUGGCGUUUUGCGCCACGGUCUACGGUCUGGCCAUCUCGAACGUACUGAACGGAACUGACAUCUCGGUGCCUCAAGACGACAGCACAGCUGCGACGCACGAGGAUCAUUUCACUGCAAGUGGGAUAUUCUCACGAGACCAGAGUAAGGCCUGGCGAGAGGCCGAGAAGGUUGUGGGACGCCCGCUUCAGAACAACAAGUAUUACUACUUCAUGUCCUGUAACCCGGCGUAUCGUAAUCAUCGCCAAACACGGGAGCCUUACCUGAAGUACGUGGUGGACCGGACCGACUGCGUCCAUGUCGGCUUAGUGAUUGGGAAAACGGCUAGAUUUCAGAAGAAGUUCGAGGCCGAAUAUUUCCACGUGAGAGUUCUGGAUAGCAAACCGGGCGAAUGGAGCCAGACCCGCCACAAAUGGGACGGCCCUGUUAUAGAUCAACGUAUAACCUACAAGGGGCAGAAGGCUUCAGUUAACAUUAAAGACUUGUGGAAUUAUGGUUAG